UCCGAUGUUCGUAGUUCGUGUUUCUUUUCGUGUUUAUUCAUGAUGUAUGUUUGCUAAUUUCUUGUAAUUUUAUAGUAUUCAAUAAAAUAGAAUAACAUAAAUUGUAAUAUAAUACUAUAUUAUAUUUCAUUAUCAAGUUCUGAUAAUUUUAUAGUGCUCAACUUGCAACUUUCAAUCGAAUGAUGGCUUUGUAAACUUUUACUUCCAUUCACUGCAAGUGAUUUAUAGCAUACAAGAUGAAAAGAUCGUAGCUUGAAACAUUGAUCCUAGCUUGAGUAGAGUAAACGUAUCAACCGCAUCAGUAAAUUUGGAAUAUCUAUAAAUUAAAUAAUAAUCAUGCUGCCAUCGUUAGCUGAGAGAGCUCCCACUAAACGCAAGGUUAAACCUGCUCAGAAUCUGUUGUCUUUGGAAGACUUGGGUGAGAGUUCCGAUGACAGUGACUUCCGAAUCGAAGAUCAUUGCGAGGAGUCGGAUGAUUCACUGGACUCAGAUGGUGAGGAGAAGGAAGAUCCUGGAGCUGGUGGGCUCCCGCUCUCGAGGCCGGCAAGCCCAGAGCCAGGCACUCCAACUGCGGGCUUGUCCACUGCCAACACUUCCCGGGCAACAACCCAAGCACCUGUACCGAAAACCACCGUUGAAAGACUCAAAUCCUUUGCAGAGCAGUUCCACAACAAGAAAAUGGAAUAUUUAAAAGAAGAACAUGAGCUUAAAAUGCAAGCUAUAGAAGCAGAAAAAAACUAUUGGAGAUUGAUGAAGGCCAUUGCUCAACAAAGUGCCAAUACUCGGGAAGGGGGAGAAUCAGGUGGCUCAAGUGAGGCAAUGGCAGACAGUGAUGGAUCAGUGGGGGGGGGGAUGCACCUGUUGUCAGUCAGUCUGGCUCUGGCGCCUUCUAAAUUUACUUCUGGAAAAAUGAACCCGAUAAGGUCAAUGUCCUUCUCUGGCUGCGAGCGCUUCUGGUUUUUACCAACAGACAGGAAAAAAUCAGCGGAAGUGUCAUCAAACCAAGUUGCAAAUAAUUGCCAAUCUGCGAAUGGUGCUGGCGCCUUGACUGCAGCGGAGGAGCGCAGUCCCCCACUUACGUGGUGUAUGGGCGGUACAAAGAAUGGUGCUGGCGCCUUGACUGCAGCGGAGGAGCGCAGUCCCCCACUUACGUGGUGUAUGGGCGGUACAAAGGAUUGUAAUCAUGAUACCGAGCUGGCCGCACUCGAGGUGCUGGGGGUACGUAGUAGUCCAAAUAAUCGAGGUAGUCCAUGGUCACAAAAAGACACUGUCACAAACACUGUCGCCGCCGACCAACACACCGUUCGAUCCCUGCAUAGGUCGAAUGUUCCUCUUGACACCACGACCCGUCUCUCCCAACACUGUCGCCACUUUGUACUAAGGGUAGCUAGAGGUGGCAAUGAUGACGAUAAUGAUGAUGACGAUGAUUCGGAUGACGAUUCUGAGGAUGGCGAUGAUGAGGAUAUUGAUGAUAAUAAUGCAACAGCGGUGGCCGGUAGUUCUAAUGUCAACAUUCUUGCUAAAGCUGAUGAAAGGAGGCAGUUGGCGAACAUAGCGAAUGAUGCCAUCAAAAUAAUGAUAUGCUGUGUGUGCCUGGGAGACAGAAGCGAUGCCGCUAAUGAGAUCGUUGAAUGCGAUGGAUGCGGUGUCACUGUACAUGAAGGCUGUUACGGAGUAUCGGAUACUGACAGCUUUUCGAGUUCAGUGUCGUCGUGCUCGACGAUGCCGUGGUUCUGCGAGGCGUGCAGGGCGGGCGUGGAUAACCCUGAGUGUGAACUGUGUCCUAACACCGGUGGGAUCUACAAGGAGACGGAUGUGGGUAAAUGGGUGCAUCUGGUGUGUGCUCUAUAUGUGCCUGGGGUGGCCUUUGGGGAGGUGGACAAGCUCGCCAGUGUCACCCUCUUCGAGAUGGCCUACAACAAGUGGGGAUCCAAGGCAUGCCAGCUGUGCUCGGACAAGCGGUACGCACGCACCGGUGUGGCGAUCGGGUGUGACGCGGGGAUGUGUCGCACCUACUUCCACGUGACGUGUGGCCAGGCAGCCGGGCUGCUCGCCGAGGCUCACACUGACGAGGUCGAGCAGGCUGACCCCUUCUAUGCCCACUGCAAGCUACACUCCGAGAAGACGCUUGUCCGAAAACGUCGGCGGAACUGGCUGGCUCUGCAGCUUCGGACUGAGAAGCGGAAGGAGGAGUACGCACAGGAAGGCCACGCCCACCUGCCUCAACAGCUGCGCAUACAGCGCAAACUCGACAAGUACCGCGGCAAGUACGCCACCAUGAAGAUCACAAAGCCCACGCCAUGGGUACCAACCCAGAAAAUGGGCAGCUGGCUGACUACUUGGAUGAGAAUGCCAGAUGUUGAAAGAAAACACAAAAGAGAUUGCAUUGACAGAAUCGCUGAAAAAUACCAUCAAGAAAUAUCACUCAGUGAUCCUGAAAGUGGCUCCGAACAAGAAGUUACCCAACUUGGAUCUUUUAGGAAAUUUAGUUUUGAGUUUGUCGGCUACUACUUGGACCGCAAUUCGCGAGUUGGCACAAUGAGGCGGCAGCUGGCUGACUACUUGGAUGAGAAUGCCAGGCUGAGUGACGAACAAAAAGUUCUACAAGAACAGUAUGAUGUGAUGUUGAAAGAAAACACAAAAGAGAUUGCAUUGACAGAAUCGCUGAAAAAUACCAUCAAGAAAUAUCACUCAGUGAUCCUGAAAGUGGCUCCGAACAAGAAGUUACCCAACUUGGAUCUUUUAGGAAAGCAAGUGGUUCAAACUAAUACCGCUUACGAGAAUCAUCAUCCACUAGCAACUCCUCAUGGUGUCCCUACUCCUGCAGCUUUAAAAGCUGGUGUGGGAUUUCCACUACGUACUUCAGGCUCAGGCAGUUUGAAUAUGGGAAGAGGCAUUCAGAAACAUGGAAGAUCAGACGUGCCAUUGAACAAUGAAUGCGGAAUUUGCAGAAGGAAUAACGAUCAACACUUACUGGCCAAAUGCGACACUUGUCACCUGUAUUACCAUCUUGGUUGUCUCCAUCCGCCUCUCACCAGAAUGCCUAAGAAAAACAAAAUUAUGGGAUGGAUAGGUCUCAGAAACUAUGCAACUCCUCAUGGUGUCCCUACUCCUGCAGCUUUAAAAGCUGGUGUAGGAUUUCCACUACGUACUUCAGGCUCAGGCAGUUUGAAUAUGGGAAGAGGCAUUCAGAAACAUGGAAGAUCAGACGUGCCAUUGAACAAUGAAUGCGGAAUUUGCAGAAGGAAUAACGAUCAACACUUACUGGCCAAAUGCGACACUUGUCACCUGUAUUACCAUCUUGGUUGUCUCCAUCCGCCUCUCACCAGAAUGCCUAAGAAAAACAAAAUUAUGGGAUGGCAAUGUUCAGAGUGUGACAAGGAGUCGUCAGGUUCGGAAGUGGAGUGUGUGGACACUGAAGCUCCCAGGCGACUCAGACAUGUCAAAGACAAUAGUUCCAAUGGAGAUGGUUUACUAAAGGGUGAAGGUCGAGGUGACGGUGAAAAGUCGUCUGAUGAACUGGAAAUUAUCAAUUUGUGUUCUACUCAAUCAUCCCCAGUCUCGAAACUGGACAACGCUGGCGGCGUUGCGGAAAUGGCGGGGGCGGCAGUGAGUGGAGUGAUGGGGCGGAAGAAGCGCCGCCGCGAGAAGCACCACCGCUACUCGCCCAGCGGGGAGGCGGGAGAAGGCGGCAUGGAGGCCGGCAGCAGUCGGCCGCACAAACGCAAGCGCAAGCGCAAGUCGGUGGAUGAGGCGGUUGCAAGUCCGCCCUCCGAACUCAGCACAGAACAGCGGCAGUCUUUGAAGAUUUGCUUCAAAUCGAUUCCCCACCACACGGGCGAAGGCAGUGUUUACGUGGCCACCACCCCUGGAACAGGCAGCAUUCGACCGCCCACCUACCCUUCCUUUACGCCAGUAACCUCACCACCCUCAGUGACGUCACCACCUCCAGUGACGUCACCACCUGCUGCCGGCUACCGAACGACGCAGCGGCAGGUGGCUGCGGCGACGGCAGCUGCCAAGAAGAAGAGCGACGUUGCCACAGUGUGCAGCACGUGCAGUGAGCCUGGCAACAUCGCCAACCUGGUCACAUGUGAUGAGUGCCACAAGGGAUUCCACUUCCACUGCUUGGAUCCGCCCGUCAAAAAGUCGCCCAAAGUGCGCGGAUACUCCUGGCAUUGUGCCGAUUGUGAUCCCACUGAAAGUGAUUCCAGUUAAUUGUCUACUUCAAAAGUAUUAUGGAGGAAGAGUGUCUCCACAAAAUUAUUUAUACACGAAAAACGACUACAUAUAUUAUGUAUUUUUAAAAAGUUUAUGCGAAUAAUUUAAUUUUUCAACAAGCUUAAUAGAGCUAAGAAUUCAAUUUAAUUUUAUAUCGCUUGAAAGUGUUGAGUCAAUAUAAUUUGAAUAAUUAUAAAAAGACAUUAUACAUCUUGAGAAGUAUGAAUUUGUGUGAUUUAUAUCAAAGUUAGUUCACUAUUUUCGUUUGUUUUUGAAUACACUACAUUACUCUCGAAAACAGGAUUCGCUAGGUCUGUGACUGAAAUCUUCUGGCUUGAAAUGAAAGGGAAUAUGCUCUUUCCUUCGAAAUUGGACUGUAUUACAAUAAACACAAUUCGGGGAAAUCAAAGGGGAUGGGUUUCUGUCAAAAAUGGACUGAAUUGAAAAAUCAAGCUCUUUAUUGAAUUUAGAUCUAUCCCCCUGUGGGUAGGGGUAGUAGAAUUGACCCACAGUUUCCCUCCUUGUCGUAAAAGGCGACCAAAAGGGCAACACUCCGUUGACCUUGAACCCUCUCCUGUCCUUCCUUUGUCGAACCAGCUGGUAGGCUUGAGCCCACAAAUGUGUCAGCC